UCAAUUGAGGCAACAAGUAUCAACAAAAAUACACAUCCAUUGUCAUUUAAAAACGUUUACCAAUUAUUUUUAUAAACUUUAACACUUCAAAUUUUGUUAAACAUUUACACACAAUAAUAUUUUACUAAAAAAUUGAAACAAGACUUUUUCCAUUUCAUUUAUUUUUUAUACCAUCAAUAAAUUGAGAUAUCAAAAUGGGUAAACACGAAGUAGGAACACCAAAAUACAUUGCUAACAAAAUAAAAUCAAAGGGUUUACAAAAAUUACGAUGGUACUGCCAGAUGUGUCAGAAACAGUGUCGUGAUGAAAAUGGAUUCAAGUGUCACACAAUGUCUGAAUCACAUCACCGUCAAUUAUUAUUAUUUGCAGACAAUGCUGGCAAAUAUAUGGACCAAUUUUCACGUGAAUUUUCCGAUGGUUUUUUACAUUUACUAAAACGUCAAUUUGGUACACGGCGGGUUCUUUCAAACCGUGUCUACCAGGAUUAUAUCACUGAUCGCCAGCAUAUGCACAUGAAUGCAACACAAUGGCUGAGUUUGACAGCUUAUGUUAAAUGGCUAGGACGCACGGGAAAGUGUGUCGUCGAUGAGACUGAAAAAGGCUGGUAUAUUACGUACAUUGAUCGUGAUCCCGAGACAGUAGCUGCUGAAGAAAAGAAAGCCAAGAAACAAAAAAUGGACAAAGAUGACGAGGAACGACUGAUGGAAUUUAUAAGCAAGCAGGUAGAGAAAGGCAGCGUUGAAAACAAAAAUAAAUCUGAAGAGUCAGCUACUCCACUAAUUCGUUCAGAAGAAGACGGUCCUCUGGUAUUGGAGAUGAAAUUGAAACCUAAAGCUUCUUUACUAAUGGGACCACCUGUAGGGCUUGUCAAAAAAUCAGUCGUUAAAAUUAAGGAGGAGCCUUCGGACUCCGAUAACGUCAGUGUCGUAGAUUGGAAUGAAAAUGAUCGGAGUCGAGAACCAAGUGAAUGCAGGUCUACUAUAAGUUGCAAAAGAAAAUCCGACGAUGAUGAUUCUUAUAAAAAAUUAAAAGCAGACUCUCGUUCAUCAGAAGACAAACCAUCGACAUCACAAGGCUGGUUACAGGAAAAUUUAGUCGUCAAAGUGAUAACCGAAAGUCUCGGAUCAAAGUAUUAUAAAGCUAAAGGUGUAGUACUAAGUCCUGUUCUAGAAUCUGGAUUUGUGGGUAAAAUAAAAUUAACUUCUCCAGAAAAAGUUCAAGGACAUAUUGUCAAGUUGGAUCAGGAACACUUGGAGACUGUUAUUCCUGCUAUUGGGAGAGAAGUGAUGAUAAUCCAAGGAAAAUAUCGCGGAUCUGUAGGUACUGUUGAGAAAGUAAGAGUUGAAGACUUUGCUGUUGAUGUCAAUAUUACCAGAGAUGAUAAAUAUGUGAAAAGAAUUCCUUACGAAUCUGUUUGUAAAUUUAUAAGAUGAAAUAAUUAAUUUCAGCUGGCGUUCGGAAAUUGUAAUCAUUUAGAUGAUAAACUUUACCAUUAAUCACAUGCGGCGCACGAGUGAUAUCAUUC